AGAAGCAGUGUUUUGGCGCCAUUGUUUCAAUCGAACGUUGCUCCUUCAACACUUACGAAAGGUCGCUUCUUUUUUACGUCAAUGAACCCAAGGAUCAAAUUUUAACGAUCCUUUUUAUAAUUUUAGUUUUAAAAGAAGUCUUGAAGUUAUUUUAAGARGUUUGUUUUACGUUUUUGGCAAAAGAUGUCCCGCAUGGCUUCGGCGAGCGAACGACAACAGAUGUUUGUCUUUCCAUUCAACUCAAUUUCUAAGCGAAAACUCGAACCAGAGGAUUCCUCCAUCUCUCUGGUUCAAGAAAAUGGCAUAUUUAUACCAAGAACGGAGAAAAGGCAACGACUUAAUGGAGAAUGCGAAGAACAUCAGCAUUCAGGUUCAGAUGGUAUCUGUUUGUCUCAAAAUACAAAUCUACGCGAUCAACAAAUUCACAACAAGAUUCAAGACGCCGAAAUGGAGGACGACAUAGCGAUGGAUAUGGCUGACAAUAAYAUGCCGGCGACAAAARCUGAUUGUUCGAGACAAAACGAUAGUGAAAACAGAAGAGAUCAUGAAGUGGCUAGCGGUUCUUCCAUUAAUUACUUUAAUAGACCAAGAGGGAUCAACUGUACAGCACCUGUAGUGCAUUCAUAUUGCUUUGAUAGUGGAUUGUUGGAUAAUCUUAUCAUGAAUUACCAUGGCAUCUAAGUCAACCAUCGCACUGUAUCAGCUUUAGAAGCCAUACACAUUCAUGAUCUACUAGCCAUUUUCUAACCCUUGUAUUAUAUUUUCACUGUAUCACCUUUUUAUUUAUACUUUAUAAAAGGCUUUGUGUCAGCUGUAUAUAAAUUGUAUGCCGUUGUAGUAAGUAUUUUCACGGAUAUUUUAAAUUUUGCAGCAUUUUGAAUUUCUUAAUCAAUCUUCAGAUACAUAUCAUGUAUUAAACUAUGAACUUGAAAUUUCCAUCAUUGUCAUUGUUACUAAUGUACAAUAAUAUUGAAUGAAUAUUGGACUUCAAAUU